AUGUCGGGCUGGGUGAGCGCGUGGCUGCAAGGAAAGAGCGAAGGUGACGAGGAGAGCAAGGCUGACGGAUUCCAGGCUGGGGGCAACACGCUUUCGGAUGGGGCAGCUCCUGCGACGGCCGACGAAAUCCGGCGCAAGCGGCUGCAGAAGCUGCAGGAGCAGCAACUGGCAGGUCAACAAGCCGUUUCAUCCAAUGAGAGCACAGCAAAUCCGAAAGACGACGUCAUUAUGUCCAAUCCUGACGCUUCAUCUCCUCAAGCAGACAAGAAGCAGCGUAUUCAUGCGUUGACAGCCGAAACUUACAUCAACGACAUGCUACAGCGCGUGCUGCACGUGACGUUGUCUCCAGCCAAUAGCAGCGCUGAACUGCUGCUGUUACCGCAGUUUUUAGCUCAGGAAGAAGCCCAGGAUGUCCUACUACUCUCAGCUGCUAAUGUCAGCGAAGUGCUCUACUCUCGAGUCAUCAUGAACCCAGCCGAUCUACCAGGAGGGACGCACCAUCCACUGGCUGCUGUGGCCUACCUGGAGCAGGUUUUCUAUCGCUGUCGAGACGAGACGCAGAAGCUUCAAUCGACUUUCCUGAGACUGCCAGCAGACAAGAAGCAGGAGGCGCAGGAAUCGCUGAAUAGCAUCCGGGAGAUGUGCCUCAACUACAGCGCCACCGCCUUGACAGACCCAGAGAUCUUUCCUUUCGAAGCAGGGACGAUAAAUACCGACGCAUUGGAGAAAAUUGUGAGGCUCCAAGCCAAUCCACAGACACCGGAGUUUGUGGACGGGAUUGUGGCGGUAGUGGAAGAAACUGGCGCGACGCUGCCGAUUUUUGCGCCGAUUUUCCAGAAGUUGCUGUCCGAGUUGUUCCUGAUCGCCCCUCCGUCGCUCAUGUCCAGUUUCUACAACAACAUGUACAUCCUGACGGUAUUGUGUCGUAACAAAGCGUUGGCGACGGUAUUUACUCAGAUUCCUGGCUUCUUAUUGACGCCAGGCCCCCCGAUGACGGGGCGUCGUCUUCAGGACGCCACGGCGUUGGGCAUUCUGCUGCGUUUCAGCUGCAACCAGGACCCGGCGAUCGCUCAGAUGUUCACGAACAUUACGAAACGCACCAAGAACGACGUGGAUAACUCGAUUCUGACCAUUCGGAAUAAACUGGACAGUGUGCAGACUGCAGUAGCCGACAUUAUCACGUUGCUCUUGAAGGCUGGGGGCUCGGCUCGAGAGCAGGUGCUGGCGUGGUUGGAGCAGGCGAUGCAGGUGAAUGCCGAACGUGCCAAGGAGAACCCGGACGCGAACAUUACGUCCACGAACGGUAUGUUUGUGAACCUGACGGUGGUUCUGCUGAAGCUGUGCGGUCCGUUCCUAGCCCCGAACUCGAAGAAAGCUCAGCUGAUCAAGACAGCGUACUUGACGACGCAGAACCCGCUCUUCCCUUUCGACGAGACGAGACUGGUGGGCUCUGGCGCAGAGAAUGCCGCUCCCCAGCUGGACGAUCGUCAAGCUUUGAGCUCUUCCGACUUUAACUUCAUCACGCGUUGCUACUUCAUCACAGCUCGAGCGAUGCACCUCGGACCUGUGGGCAUGAUGGGCCAAUACAUGCGUCUGCUUCGUCAGCUCUCGUACUUCCAGAGCCGCAUGAAUGCGCCGGAUGCAGAUCCUCGUCUGAAGGCUCAUUUCGAUCAGAUGGCCACUGCAAAGAUGGUCAUGGAUGCGGAGCUGCUGCACCCGGACUUGUUGCAUGAGAUGAUUCGCUUCUCUCUGCUCACGUGUGGCGUCGUGAGCUCCAUUUGCACUGGAUCGACUGCGUUCGACCAGAGCUCUCUCGACUUGCCUCUCCCUGCACCUGACACUGAGACGAACGCCCUUCUGAAGUACAUUCCCGAGCAUUUGGUGGACGACUUGAGCUCCGUCCUCAAGUUUAUCGCGCGACUGCAGCCCAAGGCGCUGGCCGCGUUCGAGCUGAAGAAGUUACUGCGGAUGAUUCUCGUCUUCCUGUCCAGUCCGGGAUACGUGCACAGUCCUCAUUUACGGGCCAAGAUGAGCGAAGUGCUCUUCCACAUUUUCUUGCCGUCGGAGGAGUCGGAGGAGCGCGAGACUGCGGGAACUGCCUUCGGAGUGGAGCUUUUGAGGACGGACGCGCUCGCACAGCGACAUCUCGCUCCUUGCCUGCUGGCUCUGUACGGAGACGUGGAACACACUGGCUUCUACGAGAAACUAGAGCACCGCUACAACAUCGCGUGUCUUCUGAAGUAUCUGUGGAAACUGGAAGGCCAUAAGCCAGCGUUCCUUCGCAUCUCCGAGGACCGCGAGAACUUUGUCAAGUUCGCGCACGGCUUGAUGAACCACAUUAACAGCUUGGUGACGGACGCGCUGAUCGCUCUACCAGAGAUUAAGGUGCUGCAAGAGGAGAUGCAGGAUGUGGCACGCUGGAUGGCUCUGGAUGAAUCUGUGCGCGAGCAGAAGCAGAGCUUGCUGUCGGACAAGGAGCGCACGGUCACGUCCAGUCUGCAGCUGGCCAACGAGACGAUCCACAUGAUGUCGUACCUGACGUCGGAGAUCCAGGAGCCGUUCGUCAAGAUGCCAGAGCUUGAGGAUCGUCUUGUGGGUAUGUUGAACAGUGUGAUUGUCAAGCUGACGGGGCCUCGUGGCGUGGAGCUCAAGGUGAACAACCCAGAGCAAUACAAGUUCCGCCCCAAGGUCAUGCUCAAGGAGAUUGUCGAGACGCUGCUACACUUUGCCCAGUACCCGAGCUUCCUGGAGGCUGUGGCCACAAAUGGCUUCUACGACGGCCCAGUAUUCCGUAAAUGCGCGCACAUUGUGGCUCGAACACAGCUAUUGGAACCGAGCGACAUCCCGAAGUUUGAGACGUUUGUCGUGGAAGUCGAGAAGGCUGCGGAGGGGGCUGCAAACCUGGAAGAAACCCUCGGAGAAAUCCCGGAAGAGUUCCUCGACCCGUUGGUCUUCACGCUGAUGAAAGACCCGGUGCUGCUGCCCAGUGGAUACACGAUGGACCGAUCCUGUAUCACGCAGCACUUGAUGAACGACCAGAGCGAUCCAUUUACCCGUGUCCCUCUGACUGUGGAUCAGCUGCAACCCAAUACAGAUCUCAAGACGAAGAUUGAGCAGUGGGUCCAAGAGCAGCAGCAAAAACACGCUGCAAAGUAG